UAAUUCACUCUCUGAAUUGGUGAUGAGAAAUACAAGAAAAAGUGCAACAUUUUGUUAUCAGAAUUCAUCUCUAACUUAUUAUUUUGCACUUUUCUGCAGAUACUUAUCACACAGUAAACUAAAAAGCCAAAAUCUUCUAAUCGAGGUGAAAUGUCUCCCAUGAAUGUUAAAUAUUUUUCUCAUUUUUAUGCUUAUAAGUUUUAAACUUGAGUACAUUUGGUUAGUUGGCCAAUCGCAGGAAUGUGUGAUCUCUAGGAUUACCAGAUAUAGGCCUAUAGGGCCAUAAAACUUUUUUGCUCAGGAUGAUUGUUAAAGCCUGUGCAUACAAGACCUCUCUGCAGCAGCAGUUUUGAUGAUUUUUGCAUAGUGAUGAGUACCUAUUUAUGCCACCUCAUACACUCCCAAAUAUAUGGAAAUUAUCACUGUGGUUAACCGUCUCCAGUGUCUCAUUACUUACUUAAGGCAGCAGCAAAUCCCUUUAGAGUUCACAUCGGAUUGGUAAGCGAUGAAUGAAGAACAAAAAUGAAACAUUUCCUUGCUUCUCUGUGUCUCCUGGAAUCUUUUCUACAUGCCUUGUGCCAAUGCACUGUCCCAACCUCAGCGUUUCGGCUGAAAGGAGAUUAUCUGAUAGGUGGACUUUUUGAUAUUCAUCAAGCUGAUGUCUCUCUUCAUCAUGACAGACCAGAAGCAACUGACUGCUCCAGUAAACCCUUCAUUCUGUCAAGUUAUCGGAGGUUUCAGAUGAUGAGAUUCUCUGUAGAGGAAAUCAAUAACUCGACCACCCUACUGCCAAAUGUAUUUCUUGGCUAUGAGAUAUUUGACCACUGCUCGGACACAAUGAAUUUUCCUGGUGUUUUCGACCUCAUCUCAGUCAAUGGCCUGAUCCAACCAUGGAUUGAACCACAAAAGAAUCUGUCCAAAGUCAUAGCAGUGGUCGGCAUUUAUACAAGCACUGAGACGGAGACCACUGCCCCACUCUUCAUGAUGAAUCUCGUUCCCAUGGUCAGUUAUGGAGCUGCUAGUUCUGUCUUUUCAAGAAAACAGAAUUUUCCCUCUUUCCUGCGAACAGUGCAUCCCAAUAAAGACAUCAUACAAGCAAUUGUUACCAUUGUGCAGCACUUUGGCUGGCGCUGGGUUGCUUUCCUUAACAUUGAUGAUGACUAUGGCACUGAUGGCCUGGAAUUGUUCAUUAACAAGAUUAAAGAUACUGACAUCUGCCUGGCGUACACCAAAGGUCUAACCGUAAAUACAAAUUACUCCCAAAUGUUCAAACAGAUAGAAGCACAGGGCAUACAUGUCAUUAUUGUUUUUGCUCCUGAAUGGAUUGCUGAACCUGUCAUUAACUCAGCAAUACAAUUGAAUGUCACCAACAAGGUCUGGAUAGCAGGGGAUGCAUGGUCUUUAAACAAGAGGCUCCCCAAGGAAACAGGAAUCAAAAAUAUCGGAACUGUACUUGGGGUUUCUGAGCCAUUUAUGACAAUUCCAGGUUUCAGUGAGUUCAUCUAUGCUUCCAAAAAACAGACUCAGUGUGAAAAAGAAAAUCAAGAGCCGUUAUGUAAUCAGGUUUGCAACUGCAGUAACCUGAGUCCAGAAAAUGUCAUCAAUGCAGACCCAUCUUUCUCUUUCCCUGUUUAUUCUGCUGUAUAUGCAAUUGCUCAUGCCUUACACAAUGUCUUGCAAUGUGGAGCUGGCAGAUGUAAUGGCAACAUUACAGUGCACCCAUACAUGGUUCUAGCAGAGCUGAAGAAGUCCAACUUCACACUUUUAAACCACCGUAUUCAAUUUGAUGAGAAUGGUGACCCCACGUUUGGAUCAUAUUCUAUAGUUUUCUGGAACCAUAAUGGUGAUGCAGAGGAAAUUGGCUUUUAUAACUUUAAUCCACGGGACAAUUUUUUCAUCAACACCACCAAAAUUCAGUGGUACACAAAGGGAGAAGUGCCUACUUCCCUAUGUAACCCAGAAUGUCCUGCAGGACAUGCAAAACAGCCUAGUGGAAUUCAGAAAUGCUGCUUCACUUGUGAAAUCUGUCUGAAUGGAACUUAUGUCAACAGCACAGUGGACGCCUACAGUUGCAUUAACUGUAAGGAGACAGAAUGGUCUACAGAAGGAAGUACAUCAUGCAAUCUGCGGGACGUGGAGUACAUCCCAUUCACAGACAGUGUGGCUAUACUGAUCAUGAUCGGGGCCUGGGCCUUGGUGGGCCUCACACUAGCCAUGUGCAUUCUCUUUGCCAUCAACUAUAGUACCCCUAUUGUCAGAUCUGCUGGGGGAUCGAUGUGCUUCCUAAUUUUAGGCUGCCUCAGUCUGAGUAGUCUUAGUGUGUUCUUUUACUUUGGUAAGCCAACAGUUUCCUUUUGUAUCUUAAGGCUCUUGCCAUUUCUUUUGUUCUACACUGUUUGUCUAGCAUGUUUUGUUGUGCGCUCUUUUCAAAUUGUUUGCAUUUUCAAAAUAGCUGCCAAGUUUCCCAAGCUCCACAUUUGGUGGAUGAAAUAUAAUGGACAAUGGCUGGUCAUCACUGUGGCAUUUGUUACUCAGGCAGUCUUACUUCUUAUUGGAUAUUCUUAUGCCCCCCCCAUGCCCUACAAUGAAACGUUUUGGUACCCAGACAAAAUCAUACUUAGUUGUGACAGUAAUAUUGAAUCAUCAGCAGGUUCUGUGAUUUUACUUUUUUCUUUGUGCUCCCUUUGCUUCAUUUUCUCCUACAUGGGAAAAGACCUCCCAAAAAAUUACAAUGAGGCCAAAGCAAUAACCUUCUGCCUGCUCCUGCUGAUCCUCACCUGGAUCAUCUUUACCACUGAGUACAUGCUUUACCGUGGCAAGCACAUCCCAACUCUUAAUGCUCUGGCAGUACUCUCCAGUCUCUACUCCUUCCUGUUGUGGUAUUUCCUCCCAAAGUGUUACAUCAUAAUUUUUAAACCCCACAAAAACACGCAGCAGUACUUCCAAGGUCUCAUUCAGAAUUAUACCAAAACAAUUAGCCAGUAGCUGCCUUCAGUAAACAUAGCUCUUUACAUACAGAGGAACUAAUGUGCUCAAUGCAAUUCUAGUCAUUUUAUCUUUUAGAGUGCAUAGUAAUACACAGUAGUAGUUUGAAUAUUUGCCUCAUUGUGUCUCCUUCUUGCAAGAGUUGCAAAUUAAUCUGAUCUAAUGCAUGUUUUUGAUUAUUAUUAUUAUUAUUAUUAUGAGGUAUAAAUCCAUAAGAAAUGUACUUACACUAGCGAAAGAGCAGUUGUUAUAGGUUAAAUCUUUGCACUUGGAUAACUAAAUCCAAGAGAAUAUGUGCAUGUAAUGUUAUUGGCAUAUGGAUAAAAACUGUAAGAUUAAAUGUACACUGUAUUUUAAAUGGACAAGUUUACAACUUCACAGUAAAUGAUCACAUUAAGGUAA